GCAGGAUCAGCCAUUAUAAGCGGCAAAGAUACCUGCGCGUGGAUAACAUGUUAAACGUUUGUUAACACGAACAACUAUGGAUCCUCCAUCUAGUGCCCAAGAUGUUCACCGUUGUGACCUUUGUGAAAAUGCCAUAGUACAUAGCUAUUGUGACUUUUGUCAUGUUAACCUCUGCAAGCCCUGUAUAGGUGAUCACAUCUCUGAUGGAUAUCAUAAACAUAAAAUAGUUCUUUUCAAAGAACGAAGAUCAACCCUCAUUUAUCCGAAAUGUGGAACUCAUCUUCACAAAAAUUGCGAAUUUCAGUGUAAGGAUUGUGACUACACUUUAGUUUGCUCUUCUUGCAUGGCAUCUGAAACACACGAAGGACAUAGGUUUGUAGAAGUUACAUAUGAAUAUCAAACAAAAAAAGAAAUCAUCGAGAAAGAUAGUGAAGAAUUAGAAAAAAAUAUUUCUCCUAAAUAUGAAGAAAUUGCACAUGAUUUGGAAAAUCAGCUUGCCAACCUAGAUGGAGGAUAUGAGAAAAUAACAUCAGAAAUAUCCAAACAAGGAGAAGAAUGGCACAGAGAAAUCGAAAUCAUUAUCAAUCAAAUGAAAAGUGAAAUCAAUGAGAUAAAAAUGAAACACAAAUACAUAUUACAAAAACAUUUGGAUGAAAUAAACGAGAUAGAGUCUCUUAUGAAGAAAUCAUUACUUAACCUAAAAGAGCUUGCUAAGUCCACAGAAGUAUCUUCUACCAUUGAAUACAGCUCUAAGAUCAGAGAGUUCAGCAAGCUUCCACCUAAGCUACAGGUUCUACUCCCUACAUUCAUUCCAAAUCCAAAAGACCGCGGGAAGCUGUGUAGCAUGUUUGGACAGUUCACAACGUUAUUUACUGCUACUGUAGAAAACCCUUUGUCAUUAAAUCAACCCAACAUUUCAGUCAGAGAACUACUUGAUAAACCAGAGCUUGUGGCUAAAAUACAGACUGGGUAUACAAAUCUUCGCAGUGUAGCCUCUUUAAACGAUGAGCAAAUUUGGACAAGUGGAUUGACCAGUGAUAUAAAAUGUUUAAACAUAAGAGGUUCACUCGUCCAGGCAAUCCAUACAAAAUCAGGAAAAUGCCCUAAUGAUAUAGCUGUAGACAGUGAUGGGGACAUCCUGUACUCUGACGGGACAACACAGACAGUGAACAAAGUAAAGAAUGGACGGACAAAUGAGAUAAUCCGAUUACAGGGAUGGAAGCCAAAUAAUCUCUGUGUCAGCACUACUGGUGAUCUCUUAGUUACCAUGCGCAAAGAUGAUUACUCUGAAUCCAAAGUUGUACGUUACUCGGGGUCUACAGAGACACAAACUAUUCAAUUUGAUGAUAAAGGUAAACCUCUGUACUCGGGGAAUUAUAAAAUUAAAUACAUCACUGAGAACAGAAACCAUGACAUAUGUGUAGCCGACUUUGAGGCUGGUUUAGUAGUGGUGGUUAAUCAAGAUGGGAAACUUAGAUGGAAAUACACUGCCCAUCCCCUAAUGACCAAGAACAAUCCAUUUAAACCCUAUGGUAUAGCAACAGACAGCCAUUGUCGUAUCUUGACAGCAGACAGUGACAACCAUUGCAUCCAUAUUCUGGAUCAUAAUGGAAAGUUUCUCCGUUACAUUGAUAACUGUGAUCUGAAGGAUCCGUUUGGCUUGUUUGUGGACAACAAUGACAUUCUGGUUGUUUGUGAUUUUGGUGAAGGCGAUUUUAAGAAAAUCAAGUACUCUAUAUAGACGCCAAUGUUUAAGACCUCAUAACGUUUUGUAAAGUAUUCGCGAACUUUGC